GUGGCUACUACCGCAGGCAGGGGGCGGCAACAUGGCGGAGUGAGCGGCGGCGUCGGGGCUUCACAACAACAGUGGCGCCCGUAGCAGCGGCAGCAGCAGCGUCAGUAGCGUCGGCCACAGUCUGAGCUUCAGCACCGGCCAGCGUCGUGGCCAGCUGCUCGCCCCCCAGGGCUUUUCGGAGCGGCGGCCGCAUCUCCGCGGGGGGCGGGCCGGGUCGGACGGACCGGGAGGGGGAGAGAGAGAGGAGGCAGCGGUAGCGGCAGCGGCGGUGGCCGCAGCGGUACAGCUGCUGGGCGGGCACUGCCGCUCGCCGGGCAGCGGUUAGCGGCGCAGCCACCUCCGGGAAUAAGCCUGGGAAUAACCCACCGCCUCCGCCCGGGAGGGCGCCGGAGCGGGCCGGGCUGACGCGCAGGCGGGAGCGGGCCCGGCGCCGCGGCGCUGGUGGAUGCUGGGGCUCCGAGGCGACGGCCGGGGGGCGGGGGCCGAGGCAGGUAUAACGGUACCGGCGGAGGCAGCGCCUCUGCUCUUCCCUUCUCCCCAGGAGGGGGGCAAAUGGCGAGCGAGAAGCCGGGCCCGGGCCCGGGGCUCGAGCCUCAGCCCGUGGGGCUCAUCGCCGUCGGGGCCGGAGGCGGAGGCGGCGGAGGCAGCGGCGGUGGCGGCAGCGGGGGAAGCGGGAUGGGAGAGCUGAGGGGGGCGUCCGGCUCCGGCUCGGUGGUGCUGCCCGCGGGGAUGAUUAACCCUUCGGUGCCGAUCCGCAACAUCCGGAUGAAAUUCGCAGUGUUGAUUGGACUCAUACAGGUCGGAGAGGUCAGCAACAGGGACAUCGUGGAGACGGUGCUCAACCUGCUGGUUGGCGGAGAAUUUGACUUGGAGAUGAACUUUAUUAUCCAGGAUGCUGAGAGUAUAACAUGCAUGACAGAGCUUUUGGAGCAUUGUGAUGUAACAUGUCAAGCAGAAAUAUGGAGCAUGUUUACAGCCAUUUUACGAAAAAGUGUUCGGAAUUUACAGACUAGCACAGAAGUUGGGCUAAUUGAACAAGUAUUGCUGAAAAUGAGUGCUGUAGAUGACAUGAUAGCAGAUCUUCUAGUUGAUAUGUUGGGGGUUCUUGCCAGCUACAGCAUCACUGUCAAGGAGUUGAAGCUUUUGUUCAGCAUGCUUCGAGGAGAAAGUGGAAUCUGGCCAAGACAUGCAGUAAAAUUAUUAUCAGUUCUUAAUCAGAUGCCGCAAAGACAUGGUCCUGAUACUUUUUUCAAUUUCCCUGGUUGUAGUGCUGCGGCAAUUGCAUUGCCUCCUAUUGCAAAGUGGCCUUAUCAGAAUGGCUUCACCCUAAAUACUUGGUUUCGUAUGGAUCCAUUAAAUAACAUUAAUGUUGAUAAGGAUAAACCUUAUCUUUAUUGUUUUCGUACUAGCAAAGGAGUUGGUUACUCUGCUCACUUUGUUGGCAACUGUCUAAUAGUCACAUCACUGAAGUCUAAAGGAAAAGGUUUUCAGCACUGUGUGAAAUACGAUUUUCAACCACGUAAGUGGUACAUGAUCAGCAUUGUCCACAUUUAUAAUCGAUGGAGGAACAGUGAAAUUCGGUGUUAUGUUAAUGGACAGCUGGUAUCCUAUGGUGAUAUGGCUUGGCAUGUUAACACAAAUGAUAGCUAUGACAAGUGCUUUCUCGGAUCUUCAGAAACUGCUGAUGCAAAUAGGGUGUUCUGUGGUCAACUUGGUGCCGUGUAUGUAUUCAGUGAAGCUCUCAACCCUGCGCAGAUAUUUGCAAUUCAUCAGUUAGGACCUGGAUACAAGAGCACCUUCAAAUUUAAAUCUGAGAGUGACAUUCAUUUGGCAGAACAUCAUAAACAGGUUCUCUAUGAUGGGAAACUUGCAAGUAGUAUUGCAUUUACAUAUAAUGCUAAGGCCACCGAUGCUCAGCUAUGCUUGGAAUCAUCACCAAAGGAAAAUGCAUCAAUUUUUGUUCAUUCCCCACAUGCUCUAAUGCUCCAGGAUGUGAAGGCUAUAGUAACACAUUCAAUUCAUAGUGCAAUUCAUUCAAUUGGAGGGAUUCAAGUGCUUUUUCCACUUUUUGCCCAACUGGACAAUCGGCAGCUCAAUGACAGUCAAGUGGAAACAACUGUCUGUGCUACUCUUUUGGCAUUCCUGGUUGAACUACUUAAAAGUUCAGUAGCCAUGCAAGAACAGAUGCUGGGUGGAAAAGGCUUUUUAGUCAUUGGCUACUUACUUGAAAAGUCAUCAAGAGUUCAUAUAACUAGAGCUGUCCUGGAGCAAUUUUUAUCCUUUGCAAAAUACCUUGAUGGUCUGUCUCAUGGAGCACCUUUGCUAAAGCAGCUUUGUGAUCACAUUUUAUUCAACCCAGCCAUCUGGAUACAUACACCUGCAAAGGUUCAGCUUUCCCUAUACACUUACUUGUCUGCUGAAUUUAUUGGAACUGCUACCAUUUACACAACCAUACGCAGAGUAGGAACAGUAUUACAGCUAAUGCACACAUUAAAAUAUUACUACUGGGUCAUUAAUCCUGCUGACAGUAGUGGCAUUACACCUAAAGGAUUAGAUGGUCCCCGGCCAUCACAAAAAGAAAUUAUAUCACUACGGGCAUUUAUGCUACUUUUUCUGAAACAGCUCAUACUAAAGGAUCGAGGGGUCAAGGAAGAUGAACUUCAAAGUAUAUUAAAUUACCUACUUACCAUGCAUGAGGAUGAAAAUAUUCAUGAUGUGUUACAGUUACUAGUGGCUUUAAUGUCAGAACACCCAGCCUCAAUGAUACCAGCAUUUGAUCAAAGAAAUGGAAUAAGAGUAAUCUACAAAUUACUGGCUUCUAAAAGUGAAAGUAUUUGGGUUCAAGCUCUGAAGGUUCUGGGAUACUUUCUGAAGCAUUUAGGUCACAAGAGAAAAGUGGAAAUUAUGCAUACUCAUAGUCUUUUCACUCUUCUUGGAGAAAGGCUGAUGUUGCAUACAAACACUGUGACUGUCACCACAUACAACACACUUUAUGAGAUCUUGACAGAGCAAGUAUGUACUCAAGUUGUACACAAACCACAUCCAGAGCCAGAUUCUACAGUGAAAAUUCAGAAUCCAAUGAUUCUUAAGGUAGUGGCAACUCUGUUAAAAAAUUCUACACCAAGUGGAGAACUGAUGGAAGUUCGUCGUUUAUUUUUAUCUGACAUGAUAAAACUUUUCAGUAACAGCCGUGAAAAUAGAAGAUGCUUAUUGCAGUGUUCAGUGUGGCAGGAUUGGAUGUUUUCUCUUGGCUAUAUCAAUCCUAAAAAUUCUGAGGAACAGAAGAUUACUGAGAUGGUCUACAAUAUCUUCCGGAUUCUGUUGUAUCAUGCAAUAAAAUAUGAAUGGGGAGGAUGGAGAGUCUGGGUGGAUACGCUCUCAAUAGCCCAUUCCAAGGUCACUUAUGAAGCACAUAAGGAAUACCUAGCCAAAAUGUAUGAAGAAUAUCAGAGACAAGAGGAGGAAAACAUUAAAAAGGGAAAAAAAGGGAAUGUGAGCACCAUCUCUGGUCUUUCAUCACAGACUACAGGAGCAAAAGGUGGAAUGGAAAUUCGAGAGAUAGAAGAUCUUUCCCAAAGCCAGAGUCCAGAAAGUGAGACAGAUUACCCCGUCAGCACAGAUACUAGAGACUUGCUCAUGUCAACAAAAGUGUCAGAUGAUAUUCUUGGAAAUUCAGAUAGACCGGGAAGCGGUGUACAUGUGGAAGUGCAUGAUCUUUUAGUUGACAUAAAAGCAGAGAAAGUAGAAGCAACAGAAGUGAAGCUUGACGAUAUGGAUUUAUCACCGGAAACUUUAGUAGGUGGAGAGAAUGGUGCCCUUGUGGAGGUUGAAUCUUUGUUGGAUAAUGUAUAUAGUGCUGCUGUUGAGAAACUCCAGAACAAUGUACAUGGAAGUGUUGGUAUCAUUAAAAAAAAUGAAGAAAAGGAUAAUGGUCCAUUGAUAACAUUAGCAGAUGAGAAAGAUGAACUUCCUAAUACUACUACGUCAUUUCUCUUUGAUAAAAUACCCAAACAGGAGGAGAAACUUCUUCCUGAACUUUCUAGCAAUCACAUUAUUCCAAAUAUCCAGGACACACAAGUACAUCUUGGUGUUAGUGAUGAUCUUGGAUUGCUUGCUCACAUGACUGGUAGUGUAGACUUGAGUUGUGCAUCAAGUAUAAUAGAAGAAAAAGAGUUCAAAAUCCAUACAACUUCAGAUGGAAUGAGCAGUAUUUCUGAAAGAGACUUAGCGUCAUCCUCUAAAGGGUUAGAGUAUGCUGAAAUGACGGCUACAACUCUGGAAACUGAGUCAUCUGGUAGCAAAAUUGUACCAAAUAUUGAUGCAGGAAGUAUAAUAUCAGACACUGAGAGAUCUGACGAUGGCAAAGAAUCAGGAAAGGAAAUUCGAAAAAUCCAGACCACUGCUACAACUCAAGCUGUUCAGGGUCGGUCUGUUGCACAGCAAGACAGAGAUCUCCGCGUUGACUUAGGAUUUCGGGGAAUGCCGAUGACUGAGGAACAGCGGCGUCAGUUCAGCCCCGGCCCACGCACAACAAUGUUCCGUAUUCCUGAAUUUAAAUGGUCUCCAAUGCACCAGCGACUUCUCACCGAUUUACUGUUUGCAUUAGAAACAGAUGUACAUGUUUGGAGGAGCCAUUCCACAAAGUCUGUAAUGGAUUUUGUCAAUAGCAAUGAAAAUAUUAUUUUUGUACAUAACACAAUUCACCUCAUUUCCCAAAUGGUAGACAACAUCAUUAUUGCUUGUGGAGGAAUUUUACCUUUGCUCUCUGCUGCUACAUCACCAACUGGUUCUAAGACGGAAUUGGAAAAUAUUGAAGUGACACAAGGCAUGUCAGCUGAGACAGCAGUAACUUUCCUCAGCCGAUUGAUGGCUAUGGUUGAUGUACUUGUAUUUGCCAGCUCUCUAAAUUUUAGUGAGAUUGAAGCUGAAAAAAACAUGUCUUCUGGAGGUUUAAUGAGACAGUGCCUAAGGCUAGUUUGUUGUGUUGCUGUGAGAAACUGUUUAGAAUGUCGGCAGAGACAGAGAGACAGGGGGAGCAAAUCUUCCCACGGCAGCAGUAAACCUCAGGAAGCUCCUCAAAAUGUGACCGCCACAGCAGCUUCGAAGACUCCAUUAGAAAGUGUUCCAGGUAACCUUUCUCCUAUUAAAGAUCCUGAUAGACUUCUUCAGGAUGUCGAUAUUAAUCGCCUUCGUGCUGUCGUCUUUCGGGAUGUGGAUGACAGCAAGCAGGCACAGUUCUUAGCUCUAGCCGUUGUUUACUUCAUUUCGGUUCUGAUGGUUUCCAAGUAUCGUGACAUAUUAGAACCCCAGCGAGAGACUGCAAGAACUGGAAGCCAACCAGGUAGAAACAUCAGACAAGAAAUAAAUUCACCAACAAGUACAGUUGUGGUCAUACCAUCUAUCCCUCAUCCAAGUUUGAACCAUGGAUUCCUUGCCAAGUUAAUUCCUGAGCAGAGCUUUGCCCACUCAUUUUACAAAGAAACACCUGCUACAUUUCCAGACACUAUAAAGGAAAAAGAAACACCAACCCCUGGCGAAGAUAUUCAGCUAGAAAGUUCCAUUCCACAUACAGAUUCAGGAAUUGGAGAGGAGCAAGUGGCUAGCAUCCUGAAUGGGGCAGAAUUAGAGGCGGGCACAGGCCCUGAUGCCAUGAGUGAACUGUUAUCCACUUUGUCAUCUGAAGUGAAAAAAUCACAGGAAAGCUUAACUGAGAACCCCAGUGAACUGUUGAAACCUGCACCAUCCAUAUCUAGCAUUAGUCAGACCAAAGGCAUCAAUGUCAAGGAGAUCUUGAAAAGUCUUGUGGCUGCCCCAGUUGAAAUUGCAGAAUGUGGCCCUGAACCUAUCCCAUACCCAGAUCCAGCAUUGAAGAGAGAAGCGCAAGCUAUUCUUCCUAUGCAGUUUCAUUCCUUUGACAGGAGUGUCGUGGUACCUGUUAAGAAGCCACCUCCAGGUAGUUUGGCUGUAACCACUGUGGGAGCUACUGCUGCUGGAAGUGGGCUGACAACAGGCAGUACCUCUAACAUAUUUGCUGCUACUGGAGCUACACCAAAAAGUAUGAUUAAUACAACAGGUGCCGUGGAUUCAGGGUCCUCCUCCUCUUCCUCCUCUUCUAGUUUUGUGAAUGGUGCUACCAGCAAAAACCUUCCAGCUGUACAAACUGUUGCUCCAAUGCCAGAAGACUCCGCUGAAAACAUGAGCAUCACUGCAAAACUUGAAAGAGCUUUAGAAAAAGUUGCUCCUCUUCUUCGCGAAAUUUUUGUAGACUUUGCCCCAUUCCUAUCUCGUACACUUCUUGGCAGUCAUGGACAAGAGCUAUUGAUAGAAGGCCUCGUCUGUAUGAAGUCCAGCACGUCUGUGGUUGAGCUUGUGAUGCUGCUUUGUUCUCAGGAAUGGCAAAAUUCUAUUCAGAAGAAUGCAGGACUUGCAUUUAUUGAACUCAUCAAUGAAGGAAGAUUACUGUGCCAUGCUAUGAAGGACCAUAUAGUUCGUGUUGCAAAUGAAGCUGAGUUUAUUUUGAACAGACAGAGAGCUGAGGAUGUACAUAAACAUGCAGAGUUUGAGUCGCAGUGUGCCCAGUAUGCUGCUGACAGAAGAGAGGAAGAGAAGAUGUGUGAUCAUCUCAUAAGUGCUGCUAAACAUCGAGAUCACGUUACUGCAAACCAACUGAAACAGAAGAUCCUUAAUAUUCUCACAAAUAAGCAUGGCGCUUGGGGAGCAGUUUCUCAUAGCCAACUGCAUGAUUUCUGGCGUUUGGAUUACUGGGAAGAUGAUCUUCGCCGAAGGAGACGGUUUGUUCGUAAUGCAUUUGGCUCCACUCAUGCUGAAGCACUACUCAAAGCUGCAGUAGAGUACGGCACUGAAGAAGAUGUGGUAAAGUCCAAGAAAACCUUCAGAAGUCAGGCAAUAGUGAAUCAAAAUGCGGAGACAGAACUUAUGCUGGAAGGAGAUGAUGAUGCAGUCAGUCUCCUACAGGAGAAAGAAAUCGACAAUCUUGCAGGCCCAGUGGUUCUCAGUACCCCAGCCCAGCUCAUCGCUCCCGUGGUGGUGGCCAAGGGGACACUCUCCAUCACCACGACAGAAAUCUACUUCGAGGUAGAUGAGGACGAUCCUGCCUUCAAGAAGAUCGACACCAAAGUUCUUGCGUACACUGAAGGACUUCAUGGAAAAUGGAUGUUCAGCGAGAUACGAGCUGUAUUUUCAAGACGUUAUCUUCUACAAAACACUGCUUUGGAAGUAUUUAUGGCAAACCGAACCUCGGUUAUGUUUAAUUUCCCUGAUCAAGCAACAGUAAAAAAAGUUGUCUAUAGCUUGCCUCGGGUUGGAGUAGGGACCAGCUAUGGUUUGCCACAAGCCAGGAGGAUAUCACUGGCCACUCCUCGACAGCUUUAUAAAUCUUCCAACAUGACUCAGCGUUGGCAAAGAAGGGAAAUUUCAAACUUCGAAUAUUUGAUGUUCCUUAACACAAUAGCAGGACGGACAUAUAAUGAUCUGAACCAAUAUCCCGUGUUUCCAUGGGUAUUAACAAACUAUGAAUCAGAAGAAUUGGACUUAACUCUUCCAGGAAACUUCAGGGACCUAUCAAAGCCAAUCGGUGCUUUGAACCCAAAGAGAGCUGUGUUUUACGCAGAGCGUUAUGAGACGUGGGAAGAUGAUCAAAGUCCCCCCUACCAUUAUAAUACGCAUUACUCAACAGCAACAUCUACCUUAUCCUGGCUUGUUCGAAUUGAACCUUUCACAACCUUCUUCCUCAAUGCAAAUGAUGGAAAGUUUGACCAUCCAGAUCGAACCUUCUCGUCAGUUGCAAGGUCUUGGAGAACUAGUCAGAGAGAUACUUCUGAUGUAAAGGAACUAAUUCCAGAGUUCUAUUACCUACCAGAGAUGUUUGUCAACAGUAAUGGAUACAAUCUCGGAGUCAGAGAAGAUGAUGUUGUAGUAAAUGAUGUUGGUCUUCCCCCUUGGGCAAAAAAACCUGAAGACUUUGUACGGAUCAACAGGAUGGCCCUGGAAAGUGAAUUUGUUUCUUGCCAACUCCAUCAGUGGAUUGACCUUAUAUUUGGCUACAAACAGCGAGGACCAGAAGCAGUCCGUGCUCUGAAUGUUUUUCACUACUUAACCUAUGAAGGCUCUGUGAACCUGGAUAGUAUCACUGACCCUGUGCUCAGGGAGGCCAUGGAGGCGCAGAUACAGAACUUUGGACAGACGCCAUCUCAGUUGCUCAUCGAGCCACAUCCGCCUCGGAGCUCUGCCAUGCACCUGUGUUUCCUUCCACAGAGUCCACUCAUGUUUAAAGAUCAGAUGCAACAGGAUGUGAUCAUGGUGCUGAAGUUUCCAUCAAACUCUCCGGUGACCCACGUGGCAGCCAACACGCUGCCCCACCUGACCAUCCCUGCCGUGGUGACCGUGACCUGCAGCCGACUGUUUGCGGUGAACCGCUGGCACAACACAGUAGGCCUCAGAGGAGCUCCAGGAUACUCCUUGGAUCAAGCUCAUCAUCUCCCCAUUGAAAUGGACCCCCUAAUUGCAAAUAACUCUGGUGUAAACAAACGGCAGAUCACGGACCUUGUUGAUCAAAGUAUACAAAUCAAUGCACAUUGUUUUGUGGUCACAGCAGAUAAUCGCUAUAUUCUUAUCUGUGGAUUCUGGGAUAAGAGCUUCAGAGUUUACUCUACAGAAACAGGGAAAUUAACUCAGAUCGUGUUUGGCCACUGGGAUGUGGUCACGUGCCUGGCCAGGUCUGAGUCAUACAUAGGUGGGGACUGCUACAUUGUGUCUGGGUCUCGAGAUGCUACCCUGCUUCUCUGGUACUGGAGUGGACGACACCAUAUCAUAGGAGACAAUCCUAACAGCAGUGACUAUCCUGCCCCCAGAGCUGUCCUCACAGGCCAUGACCAUGAAGUUGUCUGUGUUUCUGUCUGUGCAGAACUUGGACUUGUUAUCAGUGGUGCUAAAGAGGGCCCUUGCCUUGUCCACACCAUCACUGGAGAUUUGCUGCGAGCCCUUGAAGGACCAGAAAACUGCUUGUUCCCACGCUUGAUUUCCGUCUCUAGUGAAGGCCACUGUAUCAUAUACUAUGAACGAGGGCGAUUCAGCAAUUUCAGCAUUAACGGGAAGCUUUUGGCUCAGAUGGAGAUCAACGAUUCAACCCGGGCCAUUCUCCUAAGUAGCGAUGGCCAGAACCUGGUGACCGGAGGGGACAAUGGUGUGGUAGAGGUGUGGCAGGCCUGUGACUUCAAGCAGCUGUACAUUUACCCCGGAUGUGAUGCCGGCAUUAGAGCAAUGGACUUGUCCCAUGACCAGAGGACGCUGAUCACGGGCAUGGCUUCUGGUAGCAUUGUAGCUUUUAAUAUAGAUUUUAAUCGGUGGCAUUAUGAGCAUCAGAACAGAUACUGAAGACAAAAGAAGAACCAAAAGCCAAGUCGAAGCUGAGAGCACAAGUGCUGCAUGGAAAGGCAAUAUCUCUGGUGGAAAAAACUCGUCUACAUCGACCUCCGUUUGUACAUUCCAUCACACCCAGCAAUAGCUGUACAUUGUAGUCGGCAGCCAUUUUACUUUGUGUGUUUUUUCACGACUGAACACCAGCUGCUACCAAGCAAGCUUAUAUCAUGUAAAUUAUAUGAAUUAGGAGAUGUUUUGGUAAUUAUUUCAUAUAUUGUUGUUUAUUGAGAAAAGGUAGUAGGACGCGUCACAAGAGACUUUUGACAAUUCUGAGGAACCUUGUGUCCAGUUGUUACAAAGUUUAAGCUUUGAACCUAACCUGCAUCCCAUUUCCAGCCUCUUUUCAAGCUGAGAAAAAAAAAAAAAACACGUUUGAUACUUUGUACAUCAGAUGCAUCUUAUUUAAAGGGAUACUUUUGUAAAAGUAAAACCUUGUAUAAAGAACAAAACGUUUCUUAAUUUUAUUGUGGAGUUACAACUUGCAUGUUCUUUAAUCCUGAUGUCUUGAUGGAACAGGUGCAUUCACACUAUGAGACAGAAAGAUCUGUCCAAGGACACAGCUUGUAUGAAAGGGUUGAAUUUGGGCUCAAUCAGUAAUUUUUGACAUUUUCACCAAAAUAUAGUUUGCACUUUUUAAUCUAAAUGCAUCCCUUCUAAGUGAAAUUUGCUCAUAAAGCAUUUGGAUACUAAGCCAUUAUUUGCCAUUUUUGCUACUUUAUACAAAGAAAAUUCAGCCCUACCCUUCAUAAUUUGAAGACACAGCAGAAAGGGGGCUUAGGGAUGAGGUCUUGGUUUUUAUUGUAUAAAUAGGAGUCACGAUCGUUAGUUCCAUAGUAAUGACUUCCCAACUCCUGGACAUCUCUUCCAGAAUCAUCCUGCUGGCUUAGCGUGUGUACGUUAGGGGAGGAGAAUCUGAUGCUAACUAUUUUUGGUUUGGUUUUUUUUUUUUUCCCCCUCUUUGGUUCUCGAAUAGCUUAGUUUCUUUAAUAACGAGUCAGACUUUAUUAUAACAAUAACUGAGGUUAUUCUUUUAGGUUCUUGUGCAAUUCUCACCUAAAGCCACAUUCUUAGCCUAAGGCACUUCAUCUUUUAUGAUAUAAAAUGAUGGGUAUCAAAUGAUUUUCCAUACCUUGUACUGAUCAAGUUAUACACCCAGGGGUAUAUACACUUUAUUCAUGUUUCUUCUUUGUAUAUUUGGUGGCUGUAUUGUCAUAGAUGUACAUAUUGUGUCGGUAGGGCUAUGAGGCAUGUUCCAGGAAUGUAAUUUUCUCAGAAUUUAUACUCACUUGCAGUCAUUUAUUUAAAAAGAUACAACAAGAUAAUGGGUUCUUUGUAUUGGCACUUUGCACCAGAAACAUAUCAUUAUUUAUUGACGUGAUUACUUACUUGUCAUCCACCUUGUAUUAGUAAGUUUUAGCACUGAAUUCCUUCUUCAUUGUUGUUUGUAUUUAUGAUAUUCUGAAAUUCUGGGGGAUCAGCGUAAUGAUUAAGUUAUUCAUCACCAGGCUGUAAGCAAUAUCUUGAGUUUGUAGCUUAGAAUUGGGAGGAUACCGAACAUCUGGAAGACAAGUUCAUUUCAUCUUGAGAUCAUGGUGAAAUAUUUUGGAUAUAUAAAUUCCUUAAGCUAUUGUAACCAUGUUUUAUUGCAAAGAUGUAAAAUAUGCCAGAUGUGUGUGAGUUGGAAAUCAAAAAAAGAAAAAUAAAAUAUGCAAAGAAUUCA